AAUACCUAGUAACUUUUGCGGACUUUCGGUGCGGAUUACGGAUUACGGGCUGUAUGUGACGGCACCCUCAGGAACCUCAGGAAUCAGCGUUUGCAAGAAAUAAACAUAUGUAUACAAAGGCGAUAAACUAACACAAUAAACUAACAAUAUAUUUAUUUUUUUGACUUGAACUGAUAAAUCAGUCAUUCUGCGAAGACUCUUAGCCUGUCCGGUACUAGUUUAUAGAAGAAGAAAAGGCAUCGUCAUUCGCAAUGAAUCCUUUAACUAAUGUUAAAAAUAUAAAAAAGCUCACUGAGCAAGAAUUACAAAGUGGCAAUAAAACAUCUUGGCAUGAUCAAUAUAAAGAUAGUGCAUGGAUUUUUAUUGGUGGUUUACCAUAUGACUUAACAGAAGGUGAUGUUAUUGCAAUUUUCUCUCAGUAUGGUGAAGUAGUACAUAUAAAUCUCAUUAGAGAUAAAGAUACUGGAAAACAAAAGGGAUAUGGCUUCUUAUGUUAUGAAGAUCAAAGGAGUACUAUUUUAGCAGUUGAUAAUUUUAAUGGUGUAAAGAUUUUAGGUAGAGUAAUACGAGUGGACCAUGUUUCCAAUUAUAAAGCACCAAAGGACUCCAAAAAUAUAGACGAGGAAACGAAAAAAUUACGAAAAGAAGGUUGCGCUCCAAAGAAAGAUUAAAAAUAUAUAUAAUAUGUUAAUUAUUAAAUAUUAAUAUCUAGAUAUUUUUUUAAUUAUAUUGCUAUACAUAAGGUUUAUACUUAAACUUGAUUAAUAUAAUAUAUUAUUGAUUAAAAGUUUUACUAAUUACAAGUAAUUUGUUACUGCAAGUUAAGUCUUUAGUGUUACAGUUGAGAUUAGAAAUAUUAUCCAAGUUUUAUCUCGUAUUAUUUCUAUCUCCAUACAGUCUUAUUUUCCAAUUUGAUUUUUUUAAAAUCUCAAGUACAGAGAACUGUAGUCUUAGGAGUUAUAAAGUUUUAAGAAGCUCUCUGUUUUUUAUAUGUGUUGAAGAAAAUAUAAUAUUUUAAUUGUGUCGUAGAAACAAACUUGUCAAUAAAUGUUUUUCUUGACAGAAUGAUAUCAAGAUGAGCCAAAUUCACUCA